UGGUCUUUUAAAAUCACCAUUAUUUAUUGCACUCUUUACCCAUUUAUAAUAGCAAUCUAAUGACAGAAGAAGUAGAAAGUCUCUUAUAUAACAAUGAGGAAGGGUAUCCAGAUGUAGACGGCGAUGACGCUUACAAUGAAAACGGUGACAAUCACAAUGAAUACGACCAGAACGAAGACGAAGAACAGAACGAUGUUCAGAUAGGAGAGGAGAUCGCAUUGACACACGAGGAGAUUUGGGAUGAUAGUGCGCUAAUAGAGGCAUGGGAUAGGGCAGUCAAGCAGUAUGAAACAUAUCACAGCAAACCUAAGCAAAGUGUUAAAGUAGGGGCGGAAAUGGAGGCCAUAGCAGCAGCAGCAGUAGAGGCAGCGGGAAUCUCAAAAUCGCCAGGAUUGGCAAAGACGAAAAGUCAGGGAACGGAUUCAUUAUCAGCAUCAAAACGUGUAAAGCUCAACAAUGGAGAUGGAAUACCUUCAGUCACUUCGAUAGUAACGGAUGAUGGCGACACAUCUACGCAGAUUGUGACGGCAGGAGCAGGGACAAGAGCAUCGACUACAGAAGUCCAUAGCACGACUGAGCCCUCGUCAACAUCAUUAGCCUCAUCCUCCUCCUCUUCGGAACAUAUUGUCACAGAAAGGAAACCCAGUUUCAGAAAAGCAGACAAACCGAGAUUUGAACAUCAUCCAUCAAACAACACUAUCAAUAAGACCAUCAGCCAAAACAACAAUCUUACCAAUAAUAAGGCCCAUGGAAAUAAUAACAAUAAGAAACAAGCAGUAACAGGGGGAAAGAAAAGUGCGAUCAAUACCGAUUCAGGCCAAAGCGGCAAAAACAGGCUCAGCCUCUCUGAUCAAAAUCCACCAACUAAGGCAACAACAAAAAGGAGGGCGGUUGCUAAACUUGACACGACUGGCACAGUGCCAGAUGCUGCCACGAUUGCAUAUUAUCAACAACUGGGCUAUUAUUAUGAUCCUUCGUAUACUGCUGCUACGUCAUACCCAUCUGAAACUGCAGGCGGAGAUCAGGAGGGAGAAGAAGAAGAUCUAGAAGAAGUACAGGACAGAGAUGACGAUGAAGAAGAAGGAGAAGAAGGAGAAGAAGGAGAAGAAGGAGAAGAAAGAGAAGAAAGAGAAGAAGGGGAAGAGGAUGGCGUCACUAGGGGCUAUAGGAGCAGUAAAAUUAAUAAUAGCCAAAAAAACAGAGCGAAGACAUCAACGGAUUCAACAAGCACGACAGCUGCUUUUGGUUUUUCAAACGCAUACCCCCCCAAAAAUAGACGGGCUGUUUCGAGCUCAAAUGCUCAGCCAUCCAUUCCUUUCUCUGCUGGACCCUUGCCGUUGUAUGCACACCAUCCUGCACAAAUUCAUCAUCCGUACCAACAAAAUAUGUACUACCCUGGAUAUCCACAUCAUUCUAUACCUUCUGGGCCUGCAGUUGCGACUACAGGCCUAUUCCCUAGUGGGUUUAGCGCGCCUGCGCCGAUGUGGGGUGGAUCUGCGCCUUUGCCGUUUGGACCGAGCCCAAAUGCUGCGCUAGGGUUAGGAGCAGGAGGAGCACCAUCUUUUUUGCAUCAUCAUCGGGCCAUGAAUGGGAUGAUCCCUCCAAUGCCCCCCCAAACUCCUUCAGUUCCAGGGCAAUUCUCGGGUAUAAGUUCGGGAAUGGGAUUGGGAAUAGAGAUGGAGGGAGGACCGGAUAUAGAUGAAGAUGCUUUGAGCAAUUUAAUCAUGGCGUGGUACUAUUCAGGAUACUACACUGGUUUGUAUCAGGCCCAGCAACAACAACAACAACAACAACAACAACAACAACACAGCAGCAGCAGCAGCAGCAGCAGCAGCAGCAACAACAACAACGGCAGCAACGGCCACAAAAGCAGAAUCGGCGUUAGACUAGAAUAGAAAGGAAAGAAAAGAAAGAAAAACAAAAAAAGAGACUAGAUGAGAGUGUUGUGUCGUUUAAUGACACAUUGCUCUCCACUCGCCCA